UACACGGAGAGACACGCAACCGCUUCAGUUCACUGCAACGAUCCCGAUCGCGCUUGGAUUAUAACUAUGACUCUGGAAGAGAUCCGCGGACAAGAGAACGCAAUGGAAAACGUAGACAGGGUGCAAAGUGCAGGCGCAGCCCUGGAGGAGCUGCUGGUGGCUGCUAAGAAGCAGGAGUACCUGACAGUUGGAGUUUACGAAUCUGCGAAAGUCAUGAAUGUUGACCCAGACAGCGUGGCAUUCUGCGUCCUCGCCACCGAUGAGGAGUACGAGUGCGACAUCGCCCUCCAGAUCCACUUCACCCUCAUCCAGGCGUUCUGCUUCGACAACGACAUCAACGUAGUGCGCGUCAACGACAUCGAGCGCCUGGCCGACCUCGUGAGCUCAGGCGAGACCGGCGAGCCCAAGGACGCGCAUUGCAUUCUUGUCACGAGCCCCAGUGCAAACCCAUGGAAAGACCCCGCUCUGGACAAGCUGAGUCUGUUCUGUGAGGAGAGCCGCAGUGUGUACGACUGGGUGCCCACCAUCACGCUGGAGGAGCGCUGAAGUGACACUCCACCUAUAAUGCUUCACAUGAUGAUGGUGAUGAUGAAGAUGAUGAAAAGAAAGUCAAGGAGCUGAGCCUCAGUUGGGGAUGUGGGGGGGGGCGUCAAGCCUUUCUGCCUCACAUGUCUGGAUUAAGAGGAUGUGGCUGUAACCCCCACCCCCUUCACCCCCCUUGCAAGUGCACAG